AUGUGUAUACAUAAUUUUAAAUUUGUUAAAAUGAUAAACAAAGACAACAUAAAUAAAAAAACAAAAAGUAAAAAGCACAGAUUAGAAGAUGAAUGCAUAUCAGACAACCAAGUGCAUAUAUUAAAUAGUAAUAAUAUACCAUACGUUAAAAAUAACACUUGUUUUUGUGAAAAUAACAAGAAAAAAGUAAACUAUUUAACAACUUUUAACACCCUAUCGAAUAAUUAUAAUAUUUUUAAAAAUAGUGAUAUUAUAUGUAAUAUAUUAUCUUUUUUAACUUUCUCCGAAAGGUGGAAAUUUAAGUUAUUAAACAAAUCAUUUUAUACAGCGUUUAAUACAAAAUAUGCAUGGGCAAAUUUAGAUUUUCGAUUUAUUAAUGUAGAUUUAUUUAAUUAUGAUUUUUUAAAAAAAUAUAAUAAAUUAUUUUAUAAUACAUUUUCUUUAUCAUUAUCGGUUAAUGGGAAUGAAAGUGUAGGAACUACAAUUAAUUUAAUUAUAAAACAUUUUAAAUAUUUAAAAGACUUACGUAUAUAUUUUAGAAAAAAAAAUACCAACUUUAUAUAUGAGGGUGUUCACCCAAUAGUAUCUAAUAUACUAAAUUGCAAAUCUAUAAAAGAAAAUAAGAAGGAAAUAAGAAAAGAUAAAAAAUGUUUGUACAAUUGUUUAAAUGGAAAUAAUAAUAAUAUGGUUAAAAAUAUAAAAGAUGAAAAGAAAGAAUAUGAAAAAAAAGAUAAAAAAAAUGUCGAUAAUAAUACUCAUUAUGGUAUGAAAGAUGGAGAAACUAAUAAAAUUAAAAAUUGCAAACUAAAUCUAAAUGAAAAUGAAUAUAAAAAAAAUUAUCUGUCUCCUAAAUACAAAGAAAUAACAAAUCAGGUUUCUUUUUUAGAUAGCAAAAAUGAAAUAGAAACUAAAACAAAAUCACAAAAAAAUAAUGAUAAAAGCAAUUUUUCUUUGAAAAUGGAACAUAGAACAAAUAAUGAUAAUCAUAACGUGCUUUCUUGUGAUUUUAUAGAUUCUAAUUUAGAGUUUAAUGAUUUUUUUUUAGAAAAUUAUUAUUAUAAAUAUAUGGAAAAUAAAAAUGAAAUAAAAGACAAUAGAAAAUUGAAUGAAUUGUUACAAAAGUAUAUAAGGAUUAUAGAAGGAAAAAAAAAAUGGAAAACUAAAAAUAUGAAACUACAUAAUAAUUUUGACAAUUUAGAAAGACUAAUAAUAGAUGUUGAAUUAAAGGGAGAAGAACUACUAUGUUUUGUUGGAAAAUUAAACAAUUUAAAAGAUAUUAUUAUUAGUAAAUUGUUAUAUUCUAAUAAAUUAAAUAGAUCGCAAAAUAUUAUUAUAUUUACAUGUUUCAUUGAAAAAAUGAAACAAAAUAAUAUCAGAUUAAUACAGCUAGGUCUUUAUUUUAGACAUGAAUAUAAACCUAUAGAUUAUUUAAAUAAUGAAAAAUUUAGAAAAAUAUUAAGUGAAAGAAAAGAAUAUAUAUAUGAUAUUAAUAAGGAAGAAGGUGAUGAGUUAAUACAUAUUUUACAAAAAAAUCAUUUAAAUUCUUUAUAUUGCUUAUGGAGUAAUGAUCUUUUUAUAUCUUUUGAAAUGUAUGAACAAAUAAAGAAAUUUCAUAAUUUAAAAAUAUGGAUACUUCCAGGUUGGCGAGCAUUGUCCCUUGCUAAACAAUAA